CAAGGGGGGGAAGUGGGGAACCCGUCUCUCUCUCUCUCUCUCUCAUGGCGUCAUCAUCAUCCUCCUCCUCAUUCACGCACUCUACAGCUAUUGCUUAGCUAUGCCUUUAUUUGUCUGGUUAUGGUAAAUGAUAAUGGCGUUGUGGUUUUGUCUACGUCACUCACUGUUUGCGGAGCUCUAUUUACAUCUUUGACCUUUUGGAUCGUCGGCCAUUCCCACCCCCCUCUCUCUAUAUAUAACACUCCGUAUGCUACACGCAGCGUAUGCAUUUAUCAGUGAGGAUCUGUGUGUGUGCAUUUGCAGAGUGAGAUGUGUUUUUGAUCUCUAAGCAUUUGCUCUCGCAUUCAUUUCUGCCGCCGCAUUUGUAGAUCAGAGGUUCCCGCGGAAUCACCGUCUUUUAGAUCCGAUGGCAGCGGCAAGGAAGCCUGGUUUGAUUGCUCUGUUUGAUGUCGAUGGUACCCUCACCGCGCCGAGGAAGACAGCUACUAUGGAGAUGCUGACAUUCAUGCAGGAGCUGAAAAAGGUAGUCACUGUUGGUGUUGUUGGAGGUUCUGAUCUUGCAAAGAUAUCAGAACAGCUUGGGAAUUCUGUUACAAAUGAUUAUGAUUAUGUAUUCUCUGAGAAUGGACUGGUGGCACAUAAGGAUGGGAAGCUAAUUGGAACACAGAGCUUGAAGUCAUUUCUCGGGGAAGAAAAACUUAAGGAAUUCAUUAACUUUACCCUCCACUAUAUUGCUGAUUUGGAUAUCCCAAUAAAAAGGGGAACAUUCAUUGAGUUCCGUAGUGGCAUGCUCAAUGUAUCUCCAAUUGGUAGGAAUUGUAGCCAGGAGGAGCGUGACGAGUUCGAAAAAUAUGAUAAGGUUCACAAGAUUCGUGAAAAAAUGGUAUCAAUCCUUCGUGAGAAAUUUGCACACCAUGACCUAACAUUUUCUAUCGGGGGCCAAAUUAGUUUCGACGUUUUUCCUCGUGGAUGGGACAAGACAUAUUGUUUGAGAUACCUUGAUGAGUUUAAUGAAAUUCAUUUUUUCGGAGACAAAACAUACAAGGGUGGAAAUGACUAUGAGAUUUUUGAAUCUGAGAGAACUGUGGGCCACACAGUGAGUAGCCCAGAUGAUACAAAAGAGAAAUGCAGGGAGAUUUUUCUCACUACAAAAGGGGAGGAGUAGAUACUGCAUACGCAUCUCAUAUUGGUUUGUAUUCCAUCAGAGCUGUCAUGUUUCGGAUGAAUGUAAAAGCAAACGUUGUAUUGUCAUUUGUUGUUUGUGCUAAAUUUUUACGAGUAAUAAAAAGCUCUUCAUGUCUUGUCAUUUGUUACCCCAUUCCACAUUUUCUUUUUAAUGGAAGUUUAAAAAAACAAUGGGUAAUAU